AUGAACAAUACAGUCAUUCUACUAAAAAAUCCCAGUACACCCUCAGACCCCUACCAUGACUUACUCCUAGCAAAUUCGUACAGUCCCCAUUUUAUCCCAUUAUUGCAUCAUACUCAUAAAGACAAAGCACAAACAAUAGCCUAUCUUACAUCUAACGAAUUUGUUGAAAACACUCUGAAUUUCAUAAUCACCUCACAACGUGCAGUAGAAAUGUUGCGCGAAUGCAUCAAUGAACUCAAUGAAGAUCAUCAGGCGAAUAUACGACUGAAAAUUUUGAAUAAAGUGGGGUACACGGUAGGUCCAGCAACUCACAAGAUAUUAAAAGAAGUUGGAUUCGUUAAUGUACGAGGUGGUAUAGAUGCUGGAAAUGGUUCCAAAUUAGCUGAUUUGAUCAUGGAUGAAUUGACUCCAAAUACAAAAAUUGUAUUUUUUACUGGUGAAAUUAGAAAAGAUAUAAUUCCUAGGAAAUUGCUAGAUAUUGGUAAGUUUAAUCAAUUUGAAGAAUUUGUCAUGUAUCAAACUUGUGAAAGAGAUGAUAUAAUUGAUAAAUUCAAUGCUGUUGUUGAAGGAGUCGAUGGAGUUGGUGAAAAUGGUGGGGAAGCUACGGCCAGUUUACAUGGAUGGAUUGUAUUUUUCAGUCCUCAAGGAACUAAAGAUAUUGUCGAAUACUUGAAAGAACUGAGUAAUACUGUUGGUGCGUCUGAAGGGACCAGAAGGUGGAAAUUGGCUAGUAUUGGUCCUACCACUGAAGAAUAUCUCUUAUCCCAUGGAUUAACACCUGAUACAAUUGCUGCAAAACCAGAUGCUGCCAGUUUGGUUGAUGGCAUACUUAAAUGUGAUUAG